UGUGCCCCCCAGGCCCAAGCCUCUCCCGGACCUCACCCGGACCAUGCAGCCGUGGCGGGCGGCGGCUCUCGCCUCGGUGCUCUGCAGCUGCCUCCUGUUCCUGUGGCUGGCCUGGCGGGACCUGGCCCUCGGACCCACGCUCACACCCCUGCGGCGGCCGGCCCGGGCCCCCCUGGACGCCCGCAUCGCCCGCCUGGCACAGUAUCGCGCGCUGCUUCAGGGCGCCCCGGACGCGGUGGAGCUGAGCGAGCUGGCGCCCUGGGCCCGCAGGGCUCCGGGUGCGCGCCGUCGGGCGGGGCCCCGGCGGCGGCGUGCGCGUGCGCGGUCGGGCGCGCGGCCGUGCGGGCUGCGCGAGCUGGAGGUGCGCGUGCGCGAGCUGGACCUGGGCUACGCGUCGGACGAGACGGUGCUGUUCCGCUACUGCGCAGGCGCGUGCGAGGCGGCCGCGCGCGUCUACGACCUGGGGCUGCGGCGCCUGCGUCAACGGCGGCGCGUGCGCGGGCGCGAGCGGGUGCGCGCACAGCCCUGCUGCCGCCCGACGGCCUACGAGGACGAGGUCUCCUUCCUGGACGUGCACAGCCGCUACCACACGGUGCGCGAGCUGUCGGCGCGCGAGUGCGCCUGCGUGUGACGCCCGCUACCUCACCGCGCUGGCCACGCCCCCUCCUCGACGCCGGCCGCGCCCCCGCCACGGACUGCACCUGCGCAGAAGAGGCCGUCGAGGUUUCGAGACUCUCGCGAGAACUGUACUGCUAUAAAAUGUGGGAAAGCCGAG